AUGGCUGCCCUGGGCUGCAUCCCAUCGGGUCUUGACUUACAGGGGGACUGCAAAAGGAUGCCUGACUGUGUGCUCGAGAGGAAUGGUCAUGGAAUCUGCACCAGUCCCAACAGAACUACAUACGUCAGCAGCUGGAAAAAUGACAAGAUGAACUGUACUGGAAGGCUAGAACAUCCUUCUGGGAGAGUUUAUGCAGGCGAAUUCAAAACCAUGUUACAUGGGGCUGGAACCUACACAUUUCCAAAUGGAGCAAAGUACAUCGGACCGUUCAAUGAAAACAAGAUGGAAGGUGAAGGAGACAUUAUAGAUGAAAAAGAGUGCAGUGGCACAUUUCAUGGCUCGGCAGCAGAGGGACUGAAGCAGAAGUGCGGAAGUUGA